GUGAGUCUCAGCAACAACAGCUAAAACACCAACCCAAGCUCUUUUUGGCUGAAUGAGAAUUGCUUGUGGCAGGCCUCUGAUUUUCCUUUGCACGAUUGCAGCAUUGCUGUUUGCUUUCGCCCUGGCACCCCACCACACAUCAUCCACCCUUUCCCGUCUAACCACUUUGGCCUCUCAGGUAAACCUAUCUGGCAGAAGCAUAUUCACAUCACCACGCACAGCUCGGCUAUAUCAAACGAUGGCCUACGAGAAAGAGCUUAAAAUCGCCCAAUUGGCCGUGGCCCGUGCCGCCAUCUUGACCAAAGCUGUCUUCCACGAGAAAGCCAAGGGGACAGUAUCCAAAGACGACAAGUCCCCCGUCACCAUCGGCGACUUUGGUGCUCAGGGUCUGAUAAUUGCCGCGAUCAAGCAUAACUUCCCGUCCGACGAGGUUGUUGGAGAGGAGGAGGCCUCGUCACUGCGUGACCAAAAGGACCUUGCAUCCAAAAUCUGGAACCUGGUCAAGGAUGUCAAACUAUCUGACGCCGAGAGCGAUGCCCUCCUAGGUGGACCCAUCAAGAGCGAAGCUCAAAUGCUCGACGCCAUCGACAUGGGCAACAGUGCCGGCGGUAACAAGGGUCGUAUCUGGGCACUGGAUCCUAUCGACGGCACCAAAGGUUUCCUCCGCGGUGGACAAUACGCCGUCUGCCUUGCUCUCAUGGUCGACGGUGACGUCAAAGUCGGUGUCUUGGGCUGCCCGAACCUCCCUGUGGACGAUUCGGCGCCCUUGACCGAGGACAUGGGCUCAGCCGCCACGGAUGCCGAAGGAAAAGGCGUGCUGUUCUCAGCCGUGCAGGGUGAAGGCGCGACCUCACAGCCCUUGACCAAAGGUCCUGUCGCCAAAGGCCAGCCCAUCCACGUCAGCAAGAUAUCAAAAGUCAGCGAGGCUGUCAUGUGUGAAAGCGUCGAGCCAGGCCACAGUUCCAAAGGUGACAAUGCGCUAAUUGCGGAGAAACUCGGCAUCACGGGCAAGCCGGUCCAGAUGGACAGCCAGGCCAAGUACGGUUCCGUCGCUCGCGGCGCCGGAGAUUUGUACCUGCGGCUGCCAGUGCGAAAGGACUACAUUGAAAAGAUCUGGGAUCAUGCUGCAGGAGACCUGAUUGUACGAGAGGCCGGCGGUCAGGUCACAGACGUGACAGGCAAGAGGUUGAAUUUCAGCCUGGGCAGAACACUGACGGAGAACAAGGGUGUCAUUGCAACGCCAGCGAACGUACAUGCCGAAGUGCUCAAGGCAGUGCAAGAAGUCCUGGCCGCAAAAUGAGCAAGUCGACAUGACUACGAUUGAUGGGACAGAAUGAGGACGGAUUUCGAAGACCUGGGCCACUGUGAAAGUGCUAAGGCGUAUAGAUUGAUACAAUGAUACAUAGAGUUCCGGGCUGGCACUGUGAGCCUCCUCCCUCCACUCGGUCCGACUAGUUUAUUUGAU